AAAUUAUGUACUCAUAAUCUCAAACUCAUUGAUGAAGCUAGGCAUUUACAGAUUAAAAAUGCUAAUAAAAAUAUUUCUCUUGUAAAGUCCAAAGUUGAGAAUGAUAUAAAAUCUAAGAAAAUUAGAUCACUUGAGUCUAUGAUUAAGAUAUUGAAAGUUGAAUUAGAAAAUUUAAAGAACGAAUUGGAAUCAAAAAUCAAUAAGCUUGAGUAUCUGAAAUCAGAGGCUAUAUUGAAACCCAUAGUUGGUAGGAAUGACGAAAAAAAUAUUACUAAAUCUGAUAAUAUAUCUUUGGGUAGUACUGAUCUCAGUAAAUAUUUUGUACACAGAAAAAAUAUGAAUCCAAAAGAAAAAAUCAAUGGUAAGAUUACUGAACUACCAAAAAAUGAAACUAGCAUUAGUAAUAUUAGUAAGAAUAAUAUGCCAAUAAAACCUAAUGUAUUACAGAUUAUAUCUGAAAAUGUGACACCGCAUCUUGCACAAAGAGAUAAUAAUAUAUCUUCAUUGAUUGAAUUAGAAGCGAUGAGACCUAGUCUCAAGGCUUUGCCUCUUCCUGUUGUAGCAAGUACUUUAAUGACACCUUUAUCAGCAUAUAUGUUACUUACUUUGUUAAUUAUUGCUGUUAUAUAG